AUGUGGAGAAGCAGCGCGCCGCCCACAGAUUGUGGAGAAGCAGCGUCCAAGGUAAUUGGGCGCCCGGCGAUGUCCUGCGCUCCCGCCGUCUCCUUCUCCCGUCUGUGGACUCGAGCGGGAGAUCUUGCCGCCGGUGAAGGUGUGGAUUUGAGCGCCGAGAGGAGGCGUCGUGGGUUGUGGUCUAGAGUGGCCGGUGGAGGUAUGGAAUCGAGAGGAUGCAAAGCUGGGAGUGGAAUCGAGCGGCCGCGGCACGGCCUCGCGGCGGCGCAGUCAGCGGCCAACGCUCUGGUCAACGGCGGCAGAACAGAGGACCGAGAUGUCUGUGCAAAGCUGGAAAAUUUGCCUGUCCUAUCAAGAUGAGAAUCAACAACAUCAAGUUUUUGAACUAUUCAUCGAUAAAGAUAAUAUCUCCUUUUAUGAGUUAGUCCUAUUGAUUGAAGAAGUUGGCUACUCGCCGGCAUAUGAUUUCUUGUACUACAAGAAGAAAUACCCGUGCGGAAAAGGCUAUCUAGUUCGCAUUGAUAAUGACAUUCAUGUGAACAAAAUGAUAUCAGAACAUACCAAUGAGCAGAGGAUCGAGUUGUAUGUGUUGAGGGAGGAGGCCAACAUUGACGUUGCUCCAUCAGACCCUCACCAUGAGGUUGAUGGACCGGCUAUAAGAUUAGAGGAUGUCUUUGAUGAAGGAGCGGUGAAAACUAAGACGACGACGUCACAAAGUAACUGCAAUCUUAAGCUGAACAACUUGUUGGAAUUAUGCCCUAGAGGCAAUA